UUUGUUCAAUGAGUUUAUGUUUUGUUUUUAAUGAUGCUUUUAGCAUAUGUACUAAUGCUGCCGAUUCUCAAACAGAAGUCUCCAGUUUUAGAUGCUGAAAAGGCAGAGGAAGCUCGAUUAAAGAAGGAUAUGAGCGCCGAAAAAGCUAAUGCAUAUGCUGAGACUCUCCAACUUCUUUCUAAGCUACAGAAGGAUAACGAACCUUGGGUAAGUCAAACAUCAGAGGAAGAUGACGUAACACUUGCCAAGAGACUCGAAGAUAGGCUGGCUACAAAGAGUAAUGGAGUCAAACCAAUAGAGAAGGCGACUACGUCAGUCAUAGACAAGGAGAAGAAAAAGCCGACUAUCUCAGCCAAGGAGAAGAAACUUACUCCAAAAAUCACAUACACCCCUCAUAAGCCAGUAACUCGGAUCCACCCGCAGAAAAGAGUUGAUCCUGAGUUCGCGAGUGGCAAAGGACUGUCUGGAACUAAAAGGCGAAAAAACAAAGUCUAUAACUGAAAACCCAGUUGAACAAGAUUGCCCAACAGAGAAAGUUCAGAAAAAGGAUGGCGAGAAUGUGAGAAAGAGAAAAGCUAAAGGUGGUCCAAAUCUACGAGAACUGCCUAAAAAGUGAAGU